CGUGAAAAACUUAUGGUUCCUGGUCUUUCGAAUCGGAUGUCUCUCUGUCUCGCUCCGGGAGGAGUAUGCACUAAGAUGCUUCGUCUCGCUUUUCUGCUGAUUCUGCCUAAUUUACUUCACCCAACAACUGCAGGUCGCUGGGUGUCCUUGACUGCUGACAACAGCGCCUACAAGAUGGCGAACGGUCUCGGGGUGCCCAUCACGGGCAAGAAUGAGGUCAUCGCGGAGGUCAAAGUGUGCAAGGGUGCAGAGAUCCAGAUGAUGGAGGACGACACCGGGGCAGGUAUGUGGUCCUACUUCAAGCUUGGCGGAGACAACAACGAGUGGUCAGCCAUGGCGUCCAGUGAGAACUGCGACAGUAACGACUGUCACUGGGUGGACUACAAAUACGAUCCCGUGGUCGAUUGCAACACCUUCCUGCCCUUCUGGUUUUCUUGGAAUGCAGGAGGAGUGCACUCAGUCGGCAAAGGCGCCGUUGUCGGAACCGACGUCAUCCUCACUGGAACCUUAACGGCCUUUGACGUCAACAUAUUUCAGGUGUCCAACUUCGAUGCCGGCGUUACCGGAGUGUGGAGGUUCCUCAUAGACGAAGCUCCGUUCUUCAACAGCCCUGCUCCUUUAGGCGACACCGUGGUUGACGUCAGCGAGGACGCCAGCAUCGGCGAAACCAUUUACACCGUGGUUGGGACCGACGACGAGGGCGACACUCUGACCUUUACCCUUGAUACCCACGCGGAUGCGUUCGAGUUUGCUGGAACUGCCCUGAAGACACUCAAGCUGCUCGACUUUGAAACAUUGGCUUCAUAUGACAUUAUCAUGAGCAUGAGCGAUGGGCAGAACACCCAGCAGGCGAGGAUGACGGUGCGAGUUACCGACGUCGUUGACGAGACGCCGGUCAUCACGUUGUCGGGGACGUUGUAUAUCCCGGAGGAGAUGGCAGUGGGCAGCGUGGUCAACAACCUCUUCGACGUGGACGACCCAGACAAGGGAGACACACUAACGUAUGCUAUAACUGAAGCCAACAGCGCACUCUUCAACAUCGAUGCAAGCUCAGGGCUUUUGACAAUUGCCAGUAGAAUAGAUCGGGAUCAGGCGGCCUUGACUUCCUUGACCUUUGACCUGCAGGUGACCGACAGUAACAGCUUGCAGGCGACGGAGACUGUCACUGUGAACAUUGUCGACAUCAACGACAACGACCCAGUCUUCGCCUCGACGUCGCAUACUGUGAGUGUUGCCGAGAACACAGCUGCUGACACGUCGCUAUUGGAUUUCACUGUGAGCGACACCGACGACGGAACCAACGCUGCUUACAGCAUAUCAAUUGAGGCUGGAGACGACGUUUCUCCCAAGUUCAAGGUCACCGGAAACCAGCUUCAGACAGAGGCUAACGCUCUGGAUUAUGAGACGCUGGCCGGCUCCAGCUUUAUGUAUACUCUGACAGUUGUAGCCGUUAACGACGACGCCAUCAGAACGGGGACGACGACAGUAACAAUCAUGGUGACCCCAGAAAAUGAAUUCGACCCCGUGUUUGACACCCCUGCCGUGGACGCCACCAAUCAAUUUCCGGGAGAUAGUUUAUCAGAGGACGUCCCCGUCAACCACGAAAUCCCCUUCACCGCCUCCGACGCCGACCGCGGAGUGGACGGUGACGUCACAUUCUCCCUCGUCUCCGCGGUGGACUCUGACGGUGCUGACGCAAGUGCAAAGUUCACCAUUGAUGCUGCGACAGGAACGUUGAAAACCCUUGAACUCCUCGACAGCGACACAGCCACGGGAGGCGUGGAUUAUUUUGACGUCACAAUCAGAAUAGCCGACGCGGGAAGCACCCCCAAAACCGCAGAGGGGACAAUACGGUUGACGUUAUCUAACGUCAACGACAACCUUCCGACGUUUUCAUCAUCGUUCUACAGCGCUAGUAUCAGUGAAGACGCUGCUGUCGGGGAUAGCGUGGAGGCUGUUGCAGCGACUGACAAUGACGGUGACGCCAUAACAUAUACCGUAGAAGGCAGCUGGGCAAGCACUUUUGAAAUUAGCGGAACUGAUGUUGUUACGAAGACAUUGUUGGAUUAUGCCUCGAAUGCUUUCUACGUCAUCACUGUAAGGGCUGAUGACGGGACGUUCCAGACGGACACGUUGAUGACGGCGAGCGUAGUGCAGGUGGUGGCAGCGACGUUCCUGAUCACGGCAAAGGCUGACGUGGAGAUACGCGAGGAACAAGGCGAGGGGACGGUGAUAUCGGGGGUGUACAAAACAGCCGGCAACUCAGGAAGCGUCACGUACACAUUGGAGGGCACGAACGCCAACAGGCUGUCAGUAGACCCUGCUUCUGGUGAAAUAACCUACAGCUCCGAACGCAUUGACCGCGACGGUGGCGGCAUGACGACGUUGGCGGACAUCACCUUGAAGGGAGUGGACGGCCUCGGUGCGGAGUCAACAGCGGCACUCAGCUUCAUCGUCACCGACAUCAACGACAACGCCCCCGUGGCGACUGACAUGGCCCCGACGAUACAAGUUCAGGAAAACUCCGCCAAUAAUCAACAAAUUCUGUCGCUGACGAUGAGCGACGCGGAUGACGGUGACAACGCUGUCAUCACUCUCAGUAUCGACAGCGGCGACACAGACAACGUGUUCAGCAUCACAAACCAUGACCUCUACGUCAACGGCGGCAGCGUGGACUACGAAUCCCUGCCUGCAACCAAGACGUACAGUCUGGUGCUGUUAGCCGUGGAUAACCCGACGUCAGCACGCGCUAUGACGUCGGCUAUCCGCGUCACUGUUGAGAUUCUGGGUGAGAACGAGUUCGAACCCUCAUGGACCUCCCCGACCCCCGGGGCCGGUUCCACCUUCCCCGAGGUGACCAUCAAGGAGUCAGCCACCCUGGGGCAGACUGUGGAGACGUUUGUAGCCACGGACAACGACGGCGGCGAUGACGGAUUGAUCACAUACAGCGUCCUUGACAUCAAGAAUCCUUCUAGCAUCAGCGUAACGGGCAAGUUUGUGAUGACGACAGACGGGCGUCUGGUGGUGGCGUCCCUGCUGGACUACGACGCCGACACUGGCGGAGUGGACUACUACAUCGUCACCGUCGCCGCCAGCGACAGCAGCAGCACCAACGUGAAGAGCACCACCGGCAAUGUCAAGGUCAUUCUGGAGGAUGUUGAAGUGGAGAAUGUCAUUAUCGUGUCCCAGGUGGAGGAGGCCGAUGAGUCUCAGCUGUGGGUGAUGAGGGCGUUUGUGGCCGUCCUCUGUGUGGGCGUCCUCGUCCUUGCCGGCGUCAUGCUGAAGGGGAUUAUAGCAAAUGCUUCUUCAUCACCAACUGUCAGCAGAAAGGUUGCACCUACACAGGAGAUGGAGCGAUCCAUCUCGACGACGCCCCACAUGUCCCUCCAAUCUGUGCGCAUGGACGAAGAAGAAGACCAAUUAAGCUGGAUGAAAAAUCAGUAGGGCCGCAUCAGGGAGGUUGGAUUUGUGAACCAUCUCAACUCGAAAAAAGGUUACAAGAAGAUAGCAAGGAUGUCUUCUGAUUGUCAUCAUAUGGCGUUGAUAUGACUUCACGUUGCAAAUGACAUCCUUGCACAAAGGAAAAUCUUGAAAAAAAACCGCGUGAACCGGUUAACGUGAGAUAAAUAUAUAAAGCUCAGUGAAAAUGACAACAACGAACUGAACCGCUGCCCUUGUCUCUAUUGGUAAUUGUCCAUUCUUGAUACCUACAUGUACAUGUAUAUACUAAUGAACAACUUGAGUAAUGGACAUAUUACUAGGGUUAUUGUAAAACUGGGUUUCAGUUUGUUACAAUGAUGAAGUGCGCAAUGCACCAUGUUGUGACACCCAGUCUAUGUCUUGACCUUGUACUGUGUGACGCGUGAAACGCGUUGUUGCUGUUAGUAUUAACAGUGAUUUCGUAAUAUCAGCCGUUACUAAAAUAUAACAUACAAUGACUGUCAAUUGACGCAAUUGUGUUUUUUCUCAUUUCUGAUGGAAAUAUUUAAUAUUAUUUUGUUGUUGUUGUGGGUCUAGGCGGGUUUUAUUGUUCUAAGACUUCUUUAAUAUACAAACAUUAUUGGCACAUGUCAUUCGGCACCACUCGACCAUUUCCGUAAUCUGCGGAAGUGUGACCGAUGGUCACCAGUGGAAUGUAUGUAUUAUAAUGAGGAAGGCAAGUAAUUAAUAUUUUGACGUGAAUAUCUGUAUAAUUUAAUGUUUGUCAUUUAUGAAUAUGUGAAUAACCUUUGUGAUCAUAUUCAAAUGAACCAACAGUACUUGCUUGUGUAAAUAGAAAUAUUUGUGAAAACUGUAAUAUAACUUGAAACUCACAUGCAUGUGAAUAGUUCUGUAAUAACAACCUGCGGAAACCUGAUGGAUUUGAAAUGGAACUACAAUGUGAGAGUAAACAGGCAGGGUGUAUUAUUAUUGAUAUUGUCCCACCAGAACGCUUGUCUCUAUGGAUUACACGAUUAGAUAAUCCCCAAGACGAUUAACCGAGGUUCACUGUCGUAAAUGUUUGAACCAUUUCCUGUGUAUAUUAAAUAUCGAGCGUGUGUCUAAUAAAAUGGACUAAACGUCA